GAGUAUUAACAUUGUGUGGAUCAUUCGGUCGUCGUACCAGGGAUAACAGAAAAAAAUAAUAGAGGAAAGCACUGAGGCAGGCUACUAAAGUCUGGGGGAAACGGCGAUGACAGCAAACAAAAUGUUCCAUUAAAGGAUUUAUUUAAGGAAGACAAGAUGCCUUUUGAAGUGUUUAACUCAUUAAGGGAGAGGUUUUUAAAGCCUGGGAAAGAAGAGGUGAAGAAUACUGUGAGUGAUUCACUGGGACACUUCCAAAGAAAAAUUGAUGGAACCAACCAAGAAGAAGAUAACAUUGAACUGAAUGAAGAAGGAAGGCCUGUGCAGGCCGUGAGGAAACCUUUAUUUGACUGCUAUUGCUGUGGACUUCCCAAACGUUACAUCAUUGCCAUCAUGAGUGGCUUGGGGUUUUGCAUUUCUUUUGGAAUUCGAUGCAAUCUUGGUGUUGCCAUAGUGGAAAUGGUCAACAACAGCACAAUCUAUGUCAAUGGAAAGCCAGAGAUUGAGAAAGCACAAUUCAACUGGGAUCCAGAAACAGUAGGACUUAUUCAUGGCUCAUUUUUCUGGGGUUACAUUGUAACACAAAUUCCAGGAGGCUUCAUUGCAAAUAAACUUGCAGCUAACAGGGUAUUUGGAGCAGCUAUUUUCCUAACUUCCAUGCUAAAUAUGUUCAUUCCUGCAGCUGCCAGAGUACAUUAUGGUUGUGUUAUGUUUGUAAGAAUUUUGCAAGGUCUUGUGGAGGGAGUGACCUACCCAGCGUGUCAUGGAAUGUGGAGUAAAUGGGCACCUCCACUUGAAAGAAGUAGGCUAGCAACCACAUCUUUCUGUGGCUCCUAUGCGGGGGCUGUGGUUGCUAUGCCACUAGCUGGCGUAUUGGUGCAGUACAUAGGAUGGUCAUCUGUCUUUUAUAUAUAUGGAAUGUUUGGGAUUAUCUGGUACAUGUUCUGGCUGUUGCAGGCCUAUGAAAGUCCAGCUGUUCACCCAACAAUAACCACCGAGGAAAGAACUUACAUAGAAACAAGUAUAGGAGGAGCCAAUCUUGUCAGUGCCAGUAGAUUUAGUACGCCAUGGAAACAGUUUUUCACUUCAAUGCCGGUUUAUGCAAUCAUUGUGGCAAACUUUUGCAGAAGCUGGACUUUCUACUUACUGCUGAUAAGUCAGCCUGCUUACUUUGAAGAGGUCUUUGGAUUUGCAAUAAGUAAGGUUGGCCUUUUGUCUGCUGUUCCACAUAUGGUCAUGACCAUUAUUGUGCCCAUUGGAGGGCAGCUGGCUGACCUUUUACGCAGCAGAAGAAUUUUAAGCACAACUGCAGUAAGAAAAAUAAUGAACUGUGGAGGUUUUGGAAUGGAAGCUACUUUACUUUUGGUAGUUGGCUUCUCUCACACAAGAGGUGUUGCAAUCUCUUUCUUGGUUUUAGCAGUAGGCUUCAGUGGAUUUGCUAUUUCAGGAUUUAAUGUCAACCAUUUAGAUAUUGCGCCCCGGUAUGCCAGCAUCCUCAUGGGCAUCUCUAAUGGAGUGGGGACACUGUCAGGAAUGGUGUGCCCCCUCAUCGUUGGUGCAAUGACUAAACACAAGACCCGCGAAGAAUGGCAAAAUGUCUUCCUAAUAGCUGCCCUAGUUCACUAUAGUGGAGUGAUAUUUUAUGCCAUCUUUGCUUCUGGUGAGAAGCAGGAAUGGGCUGACCCAGAAAGCUUGAAUGAAGAGAAAUGUGGAAUAAUUGACCAAGAUGAACUGGCUGAAGAGACUGAUCUGAGCAAUGAAACCUUCGUUAGCCCGAAGAAAACAUAUGGUGCUACUGUUCAAGAUGAUGAAUGGCGAAGGAAAGCAUUGCAAAAGCAAAAGGGAGUGGUGCAAGAUGCAGAAGAGACUUCGUGUCAGUAUGAAAAUGGGACUUAUCAAGAUUCAUCAUAAAUCUAACUGUGUAUGAUUUGUGUGAUCGUUACAAUCGCUGUACGAAACAAAGCAGUAUCUAUAUUUAUUUGGUUGGGUUCUUUUUGUAGAUAAUCAUGCCAAAUGGCUAGCUGUAAGAUAUUGUCAUUUUCAACUUGUAGUACAGCAAAACUGGGUUCCCAGAAGUCCCUGUGGUAAACUGAUGGAUUCAGAUCUCUGUGUAAAGAUCACAGUCCUUUACAUCACAUGAAUUUUCACUAAAGGCAACAAAGUUCUGGAUGUACUAUGUCACCCUUUAGUAAUAUAAUUAUGUUAUUGGCUUUUAACACCAUGACUACACAGUCCUUUAGCAGAUCCCCCCGCCCUGCUCUGUUCAUCCCUUUCCGUAUGCAACAGAGAAUGUAUUAUGGCAGAGGAGAAAAUGAAAUGUUUAACCAAAGACUAAAUCAUUGACAACGAAGGCAAUUUGUUAGAGACCGUUUUGGGAAACCCACUGGAGAGCUUAUUUUACUUCUCAAUUUUUAAUUGCUGGCAGAGAUAACAUAUGGAUCCCCAAGACUGGGAUUUAUUUAUUUUUUAGCCUCUCCAAAAUGUAUAUGUGUGUUAUAAAUGUUGAUGUGUAUUAUGUCAUUGAUCCACAGCAAAGGAUGUACAGGUUUGCUUGCUUGUUAAAAUGGUCAUACUCCGUUUUUCUAUUAAAAAAAUGUCUCCAAGAGAGCUGGAAAUAUGAAAUCAGAUAAAACAAUAUUUAAACGCAACUAAAGAAUAAACAGGAAACAAUACAACAGCAAGAACAAUCUUUUCAGUAACAGUCAUUCCAAGCAAUACUAAAACCCUGUUCAAUUCAAAAGCCCUCUAGAAUAAGUCAGGGUUUUACUACAUAGUGUAAUUCAGAGGAGAGCAAUGAUGGGCCAGGCAGGUGCCAUGACUGAAAAGGUCCUGCUGUGUACCCAUCCCCCUACUUCAGGUGGUGAAUGAAUAUAUAUCAGGUCUUCAUAUCGGCAGAGGAGGUCCUUAACAGUCUGGGACCAGCUUAUCUUUAGGUUCAGAAGGGCCAGCAAUUGGCUCUACAAGGUGGAAAGGAGAUAGGCAAUUUGGGAGGCGAAUGCAGUUCUUUGCUUCUGAAAUCUGCUGUUAUAUACUUGCUUGUAAACUAAAGGCCCAGGCUAAUGGAAACUUGGAGUGGGGGCAGGGAUCCCACUGAAAUCCUUUUGUACAAUUCUUUUGUGCAAGAGAACAGUUGUCCUCUUUAACUCUUAUUUAUUUCAGUGUAGUUUGCAUACAUGAUGUUCGCUUUAGGCUGGGUCCUAUGUAUGUUAUGCAAUGUAUUUUGAGGAAGCAAACAUGUAUUAUUUAAAAGGGGAUCUGCUGGUUAUUAAAGUUCUUACAAUAAUAUUUUUACACCAAGUAGUAUGUUUGAUAUUACUGAAAGGCCUAAAUCUUUUCCCACCAACUCUGACAACCACAUGGAAAGCAUGCUGUAUCUCAAAUCGCUACUGGCUUUUCCAAGGCUCGCAGUGUUUUCUGAUGGAAGAAUUUCAGUAAAUGAUGGAU